AAUAUCUCCUAUUUUGCCUUUGUCCAUCCUUCUACAGUGCUGGCACUAAACAUGGAAGUACUGCUCUCUUCUUCAUCCGCCGCCGCAACGGCCGCCGUCACCGCCACGCCCUUCACCACCACCGCAACUUUCUCAGCUAAAAUUCCUACAAACUCGCACGCCAAAUCCCCCCAACUUACCUCCUAUUGCAGCAAGAAAGUAGCCCGCAACCUGCUCUGUCCCAUUUCUUGUUUUUCCUCUUCUGUAUCAAGAACUGUAAGAGCAGAAACCAGUGCGACCUGGACCUCUUCGAUCACCCAUUUCGGUAAAACUGGUACUAGUUAUGACAAUCGGCAUUGGAUGGUGCUCGUCGAAGCCCCUACACAAGAACUCACUGCAAAGUCCCAAAUUAUUGAUUACUAUGUCAGCAAACUGGAAAGUGUUUUAGGCAGUGAGAAGGAUGCUCAAAUGUGUAUAUAUGAUGCUUCUUGGGAGACCCAUUUUGGUUUCUGCUGUGACAUUGAUGGAGAAACAGCUCAUGAACUAGCGAAUAUGGCUGGGAUACUUUCAGUUAAGCCGGACCUUGAUGUUGAUUCCGUACAGAAAGAUUACAGCUUUUCAAAGUUUGAAUUGGACACUGAACCAACAUCUUUCAACGGGAGCACAUUGUUGUUUCCUGCUGGAGCUACAAAACACUGGCUUGUUCGAAUGCACAGACCAGCAGUCGGAGCAAUCAGGAAGGCUCAGGUGGUUGAUUAUUACGUCCAAGUCUUAAUGAGAGUAUUGAGGAAUGAGAAAGACGCUCAAAUGUGCAUGUAUCAUAUUUCCUGGCAAUCCAACUAUGGUUUCUGUUGUGAACUUGAUGAUGAGUGUGCUCAAGAAUUAGCCGCUGUGCCCGGUGUUUUGUCAGUCAAACCAGAUGAAAAUUUCGGGUCAGAUGAUAAAGAUUAUGGAGGUGAUAAUUCUGGAGGCUUGCAGGAUUCCUCAGCAACAAGUCUAACAGGCAAUAUCAAAACAAAAAAGCUCUUCGUAACUGGUCUGUCCUUCUAUACGUCGGAGAAAACCUUACGUGCAGCAUUUGAAGGCUUUGGCGAACUGGUUGAAGUGAAAAUCAUAAUGGACAAGAUCUCCAAGAGGUCCAAAGGUUAUGCUUUUGUGGAGUACACUACUGAGGAGGCGGCGAGUACUGCUCUGAGAGAAAUGAACGGAAAGAUCAUCAAUGGCUGGAUGAUAACAGUCGAUGUUGCUAAGAAGAACCCACCAAAGUACAGCCACGGACAACCUAGACCUACAUCCUGAUGACCCA